CAGCGAAACAACUGAUGAGGCUACAAGGCCCAUUUUCUGGAUUAGCUAAGCCCCGAAAGACCCUUAUCCAUCUUAUCGCGCUUAUCCCCGCGGUCGAAAGUGGGCUCAUCACUACCAGUGAGUGGGCUGGGCUGUGCUGAGCGCGAGAGGGCCUGGGCAAAAGUCAAUAAGCGGGAGGCAACUUUUCCCUCUCGCGACAAUCUUUGUUUCUUCAACCGCAGCUUUGCCUCCUUUUUAACACAACUCAAAACUCUCUUUCACUUCACAUAUAUCAAAAUGGGUGGCGCUAACCGAGAAGGCGGCAAGGUCAAGCCCUUGAAGCAGGCCAAGAAGGCCCAGAAGGACCUCGACGACGAUGACAAGGCUUUCCUCGAGAAGAAGCGCGCCGACGAGAAGGCUCGCAAGGAACUUGCCGCCAAGGCUGGAGGCAAGGGCCCUCUCAACACCGGUGGCCAGGGCAUCAAGAAGAGCGGAAAGAAAUAGACGUUUCGCGAGGUUCUAGCGACGAUUGAGCGAAGACUCGAGAUAUCCCUGUGGGCUUUGGAUGGCGUGAGCGCAUCAGACGGACAGCCUGCGUGUUUUGGGCGUUUUAGACAUUGGCGCUCACUGAUCACGAUAUUUUCGCGCGAUGGCUAACGAUAAAUGAAUUCUAUGCUGACCCAAAUGCUGACUGCAGUGCCUCGAUAUUCCCAUG